GUGUCAUUGAAGCAGUUGGCACUAGAUAGAUCUAUACACCAAGUGGGCUUUUAUGAAAAGCCGUACAAGCCGUAUUUGUAGCGGAACUGGACUUGUCUGAAUCAGUGAAUGACGGUGGCCAGAUAGCGUGACCAAUAGCUGCUGUGGCAAUGGAUCCAUUCAGGAUGAACUCCAAAGAGACCUUCCAGUUAAAACCCUUCAAAGUGUUCCAUCCUUCACAAUAUUCUUUAUCAGCACAUCGGUCAACAAAACAGCUAUUAAAAUUCCCUUACAUUAACACAUGCACAUCAAAGCCAGCUUGUUCAGCGGUAUCAGGUAACUGUAAGAAUGACCAUGCCGCAUCUUCAAGAACUGUUGUGCGUCUGUCAGAUAAAAAGAGCACACCGCUGUCGUACUCAGUCUACCAGAGGUUAAGGUCAUGCAUUCAAGUUCCUGUCCUCCUUGCUGAGACAAAAACUGAUGAAGUGGCUGAUGUUGAAACUCCUAUUGAUACUCCCUUUGUGUCACGAGAGGAAGUUCUGGAGUAUAUUGCCAAUGAGACAGGAGAAGAAAGAUUACAAGAUUUUUAUUACAAAAAUGAUCAAGGUAAAAGACAUCCGCAGUAUGAUGAGAUUACGGUGGAUUUCAUAGCAGCUGUAUUAUUGGGCGCAUGCGUAGGGUUUCCAUUGGGGUUUCGCACAACAUCUAUUAAAUUUACGGAAGAAAACCGAGCAACAAUAUUCCGUUCCAAGAUGAGUUAUGAGAGGAUGAGAAUAGACAAAAGCUUACUAGGAGGAAUGAAAAUGGCAAUGAAAGGGGGCUUUCACAGUGGAACAUUUAUGACGUUGAUAUUGGUUUUAUCCAAAUGUAUAGCUAUAUACAGAAACAAAACAUCUGUCGUGGAAUACAGCGUGGCAGCAUCUGUGGCUGGGGCGUUGUACCGAGCACACAUGGGAGCUAAGGGUAUGACGGCCGGAGGUAUGGUUGGGUUCACGCUUGGGACAGUUGCUGGGAUCUUAACGAUGGGGCUGGCUAAGGCAACAGGAGAAACCCAGCAAAACAAGCAUUACAGAUACAUUGAGGAGAAGCUGAUACUCAAGAAAUCUUCAGGAGCAGUUCAAAAUGUGUGAAGCACCGAAUGGAAAGUCUGUACAGAUAAUCUCUGGUCAACAGAAAUCAGCAGCUUCUCUAAAUCUUCAAAUUAAUGUCGUGUCAUACAGACUUUCAUAUGACUCAGGAUGGACAGUGCUGGAUGUCCGAGUGAUUUGAUGUCAAACUUUUACAUUACACGAGGGCUGGAUGUCCGAGUGAUUUGAUGUCAAACCUUUACAUCACACGAGUGCUGGAUGUCUGAGUGAUUUGAUGUCGAACCUUUACAUCACACGAGUGCUGGAUGUCGGAGUGAUUUGAUGUCAAACUUUUACAUUACACGAGGGCUGGAUGUCUGGGUGAUUUGAUGUCAAACUUUCACAUCACAUGAGGGCUUGAUGUCUUGGUGAUUUGAUGUCAAACUUUCACAUCACAUGAGGGCUGGAUGUCUGGGUGAUUUGAUGUCAGCAAGACUUUUGUAUCACUCAGGAUGGACAGUGCUGGAUGUCGAGUGAUUUGAUGUUGAGGAUGUCUGGAUGAUUCUGAUAUAUCAAACUUUUAAAAGUGUUUUAAUUGUUAGAUAUCUAUCAAACUGGCCUUUCAGUGAUGGAAAUAUAUUUAUAAGCAGUAUGAUUCUGAUAUAUGUGUGGAUACUGAUAAGGUGGUUUUCAAACAUUUAAUGGAGUUUCAAUUAUUAAAUAUAUGUUAAAACUGAUCUAUGAUUCUGAUAUACGUGUGUAUAUAUGUUAAAAAUACUUCUCCCUUUAUUUCUUAAGAUUUUAAAAUGUUUUUAUUACUGGUUUAUUGUUACUGUGAGUGAAUGAACCUGAAUAAAAGAAGACAGAAUGUAAAAUAAAAACAAAUACAUGUAUUUGGAGAUUUUUCAAUUUUAUUUUUUCUUAACAUUCCUUUCCCAUGGUAAACUGUUGUGCAUUCAAUAUACAGAUAAUGGUCAGGUUCACACAAAGAAUAGGUACAUACUAAUCACAGCAUAAGUUAGUGUAUAUAUACAACAUAGACCUCUCUACAAAUAGAAACCAAGGAAUGUGUAUGAUGAGUAUAUCUGGUCACCCCUACAUCUCCCAAUGGACCCUUCCACAAUUUUGGUAAGUCCAUUGCGAAGUGAAGGGAUAGAAAAGAUCAAUGGACAAACCCAAAAGUUGGAUAAGGUGAGAUAUGUAUUGAUGUCACUAAGGUGCCCUAAUUACCACAACAGGUGUCUUAACUAGGACAGGGGUGUAAUAACAAGGGGCUGUAUCAUCAACACUAGAGCCUUGUCAAAUCUCAAACAGUAGUACAUCUCACAAGCCUGGCUAUGAAAGACAAGUAGGUUUUGCUGUCUUUACACAAAAAAGUCAUUCAGGUGGGAUGAAAACCACUAAUUGAACAUUUUUAUAACAAUACAAUCUAAUCAAAUUUUACAUUUUUUCUACUUAUUUCAUUCAUUUUGUAAAAAAA